CUUCUCAUUCCCGGGCUACCAGAUGCUUCAGGUGAUGAGGUUUGCCAUCGAGGAGAUCAACAACUCCACCUCCAUCCUACCUAACGUCACCCUUGGUUACCAGAUCUUUGACCACUGCUCCGAUGCUCACAACUUCCCUGCCAUCCUCAACUUCUUCUCCCACGGCUCCUCCAUUACAGUUACUAAAGACUACAAACGUCACGUGCCCAAAGUCAUCGGCUUCACCGGACCCUUCAGCAGCACAGAGAGCCUCACCAUCGCACCACUCUUCAUGAUGGAUCUCAUCCCCAUGGUGAACUAUGGGGCAGGAAGCUCCAUCCUCAGUGACAAGCUGGUGUACCCAUCUUUUGUGAGGACCAUACCAAGCAACAAAGAUGAGAUCAGUCUCAUCGUUCAUAUCAUCAAGCAUUUCGGCUGGAACUGGGUCGCCUUCAUCGGCUCCACGUCCGCGUACAGUGAGAACGGCUACCAGCUGUUCGUAGAGCUGACUAACAACACUGGCAUCUGCUUGGCCUACCGGGAACUCCUUGCCAACACGUCAAAGUUGGCCACAGUGUUUCGUAGCAUAGACUCGCUCAGAGUCAACGUAAUUGUUCUGUUUACGGCGAGGCUGUUUGCUGAGGAGAUAAUCAAUUCUGCACUACGGCUCAACUUCCAAGAUAAGGUAUGGAUCGCCAGUGACUCCUGGGCAAUGAAUCAGCAGCUACUGAAGGAAAAAGACAUAAAGACAAUCGGGACCGUCAUUGGUGUCACACCAACAGUGGUCGCUUUGCCUGGCUUCAAAGAGUUUGUCUAUCAGUCCCACCACCGAGGGGACUCUGAUGUCACAGAUAAAGGCACCUGCAAUCAGGAGUGUGCAAACUGUUCCUCAGUCAGGCCUGAAGAUGUCAUCAAUGAAAACCCCACCUACUCCUUCCCUAUUUACUCUGCUGUGUACACCAUGGCCAUGGCUUUACACAACGCUCUACAGUGCAACCAGUCUGGAUGCAAUGCGAGUCAUCCUGUUUAUCCAUACAUGCUCCUGAAUGAAAUCAGACGGUUAUAUUUCCCUUUAAACCACAUGAAUGUGACUUACAACAAAAAUCUUGACCCACCUGCCGCUUAUUCCAUUGUGCUGUGGGAUACUACGCAGUAUCCGGCAGUGAUCAAGGAAAUCGGAACGUAUAGCAAUCAACCUCACACUGAGUUCUCUAUUGCGGAUGAGCUAAUUGACUGGCCAGGAAGCAGUGAGGUGCCGUUUUCCAACUGCUCGGUUGAAUGCAAUCCAGGAUCCUAUCGGGUACAGGACAGCAUACAACAUCAUUGUUGUUUUUCAUGCAAGGAAUCCCCAAGGAACCACUACACCAACUACUCAGCUGAUCCGUACUCCUACCUACCCUGUACAGAGUUCGACUGGUCCAAUCCUGGCAGCACAACAUGUCAGAAGCGCUCUGUGCAAUACCUCCACUAUGACGAUGCUAUCUCAAUUGUCCUGCUCCUCUCUGCAUCCCUCCUCCUGCUUCUGUGUGUUGGAGUGGCCGUGCUAUUUUUCCUCCGCCGCAACACUCCUGUGGUCCGGUCAGCAGGGGGCAGUACGUGCUAUCUGAUGCUCAGCUGCAUCGCCGCCUCUACUGUCAGCGUCUUCUUCCACUUCGGCAAGCCAACCGCCAUCAGCUGCGCCUUGCAAAACUGGAUCGCCCUCCUUUUCUACACCAUAUGCAUGUCCUGCCUCUUUGUCCGCUCCCUCCAGAUCAUUGUCAUUUUCAAGAUGGCCUCCCACCUACCCAGGGCCCAUGCUCUGUGGGUGAAGUACAGUGGCCAAUGGCUGGUGGUGGCUGCUGUGUCUCUCCUCCAAAUGUUUGCAUGCACCAUGUUCAUGGCCACCGACCGAUCCCUCCCAAUGAGAGACACUGAGACUUUCAACGACCAGAUCUUAUUUACCUGCUCUAGCGGCAGUGUGGUCUUUAUGGGAUUUGGUGUUUUCUUGCUGGCCAUUAUCAGCGCCUUGUGCUUCUGUUUCUCCUACAUGGGAACAGACCUGCCCAAGAACUACAAUGAGGCCAGAGGCAUCGCUUUUAGUGUGCUUAUGUUUUUUCUGAGCUGGGCUGUAUAUUUAACUGCUUCCUAUAGUACCAGUUCCGAUGUUGCGUAUGUGGUCAAGGUGGUGACUGAUCUGUGUCGUUUGUACAGCAUUAUGUUCGCAUAUUUCAUGCCAAAGUGUUUCAUCAUAAUUUUUCAGCCUCUGAGAAACACUCAGGAGUAUUUCCAAGCCAGCAUUCAGAGCUACACACAAACUAUUAGUCGAAUGUAG